ACGGCCUGCAGGGCGGUGUUCUCAGGCGGAGACAGACACAACUGGGGUGUGUGUGUGAGUCCGUGCGAGUCUGUGUGUGUGAGAGACGCAAAGAGAGAACAACAUCUGGAAUAGUAGCCGCAGAAAAGGAGUGGAAGCAGAAGCAGCCUGGUGAUAACUUUCCCAACUCCUCACUUCAGAGUUCAUCCUGCUUUGACUUUUUAUCUACUUGAAAAAUGCUGCUCAUUCUGCUCGGAGUGCUUCUGCUGCACUUAAUCAUCCUCAUCCUCCUCAUCGUCUCCACAGCGGCCAGUGCCUGGUCUGUAGGUGAAGGCAGGAACACAGAUCUGUGGUACAGUUGCCUGACAAGUAAAGAUGGUUACCACUGCAAACCAGCCAUCGAUGAAGACUGGAUCCAGGCCGUCCAAGCCCUCAUGAUUCUCUCCGUCCUCUUCUGCUUCUUCUCCCUCAUUGCGUUUUUGUUCCAGCUCUUCAAACUGGUCAAGGGUGGACGUUUCUUCUUCACGGCCAUCUUCCAGGUCUUCGCCAGUGUGUUCGUGAUGUGCGCGGCCAUCAUCUACACCGUGAUGAGUCCCGAUGACAGCGCUCAUACACAGUUCGGCUACGCCUACGUCCUGGCCUGGGUGGCUUUCCCUCUCACCCUCAUCAGUGGCCUCAUUUACAUCAUCCUGAGGAAGAAGGAUUGAGAGGAGAAGGCGAGGGAGGAAAGAGGGAGGGGUAGUUGCCCCUUACCACAACAUCGCACUGUGCCUACUGCCCACAGACCAGAGACUGACAUCACAACACUACAGCACAAGUGCCCGCGUCACUAACAAUUGCCAAAACAGACAGGAGAUACUUCUCACUGCGGGGGAAUUCUUUUUAUUUCUUUGCUGUAUCUCAGCAUCUGUUACAUUCUCAUCGUAUGCUGAACAACAUGACACACUUGUGGCGACUGUAUCACUUUAGUCGUUUUAGCAAUUUGUUGUAUGCCGACGGCCACAUUUUCCACAAAUUCCUCUACCGUGAUUCCAGACAGCAGUUAAAUGUGGACCCCAUUUGGGUGACUGAGAAAGUGGGGCGCAUAUGGGAGACAGGUCAUCUACUAACCCUAUGCGGUCCAUACAACAUGCCUGGUCCAAAGUGCCGCCCAUGUUGCAGUCCAGUUAAACCCUGGUGGGAUCCACAUGGACCUGCUGCCUGGGAUUACAGUGACAAUCACUCCCGCCUGUUAUCAGUACAACGUUGUACAUAGUGUCUGUGGUUUUUAGACAUAUUUAUAACAUUUUUACAUACAUUUUGUACAUAUUGUUGUCAAAUUAACAUUGUCAUCCUUUUUUGUGAUAGAGUUUGUGUCUCUCACAAGUCAUGCAGCUGUGCCAAAGAGAUGCCGCUUCAACUGCCAGAGUGCCGAGACUCUCUCCUUCUACUUCUUCUUCUUCUGUUUACUUUGAACCGUGUGCCUUCCUUUAGAAUAUCUGUGCUCUUGAAGGAAACCCUGAGAAAUUAAGAAAAAAAAGAAAUCAAGUUUCGAUAAACUCACAAAGUCCUUUUUGUGUCAAAAUUAUCAAUAAAGUUUUUAUGUUGUUUGAAUUAUCAUUGUACUUGAUGUGCAAAUAUUGCAUUUGCAUUUUGUAAUCUAGUUUUUUUAAAUGGUGCUUUUUACUUGCUAUCCUUGAACUGUAUAGCCUUCUUUGUGUUGCAAGUCGUACUGUGUUGUCCUGUGAUUAAUUUGCUUUGUAUAAACCUGUUUUGUCCUCAUUUUAUAUGUCAGUAUUCUUCGAAAUAAACCUUUUGGAAUAAGU